UAUGAGUGCACCCACGCAUUGACAUUUCAAAAACUCAACUCCUCAUCUUUGGAAAAUUUAAGAAACUCCCUUUGGCUCUUCGAUCCUUUUAUAAGAGAACUAAACUAUCACUGGACUCUAACGUCGAUCGGUGUAUAUAUAUCUUUUGCGAAAUACCAAAUAAAGAUGGGAAGAUCACCAUGUUGUGACAAGAAUGGUGUGAAGAAGGGACCAUGGACGCCUGAAGAAGAUCAGAAACUCAUCGAUUAUAUUCGAUUUCAUGGUCCGGGUAAUUGGCGUAUCCUCCCUAAAAAUGCUGGACUCCAAAGAUGCGGAAAAAGCUGUCGUCUUCGAUGGACCAAUUAUCUAAGACCGGACAUCAAGAGAGGACGAUUCUCCUUCGAGGAAGAAGAAACUAUCAUUCAAUUACACAGUGUUAUGGGAAACAAGUGGUCCGCAAUAGCAGCUCGUCUACCAGGAAGGACCGAUAAUGAAAUAAAGAACCAUUGGAAUACUCACAUCCGCAAGCGACUUGUAAGGAGUGGCAUCGAUCCUGUUACUCACACCCCGCGCCUUGAUCUUCUUGAUUUGUCUUCACUUUUAGCCGCACUUUUCAACCAACCAAACUUUUCAUCAGUUGCAUCGUCUCUGCUUAAUCCUGAUGUAUUGAGGUUGGCCUCUCUACUCUUGCCACCUCAACAACCACAUCAAAACCCUAAUCCAGUUUAUGCAUCAAACCUCGACCAAAAUCUUCAAACUCCAAUCACUUCAGUGUCGUCUCAAGACUCUCAGCCACAGGCCGAGUGUGCAACUCCAACAAACAAUGAAACUUCAUCUUUCGAGCCUAUGAAAGCAAGACUCGAGGUCGGUCCUGCAGAUGUAUCACCACCUUUGUCAGAGAGUUUGGACUUAGACUCACUCAUGUCAACGCCAAACUCUUCUCCACAACUAAAUAGCAUUGAAGCAGAAGCCAACUCCAGCAGUUUCUUCGACUUUGGCUUUCCGGAAAAUUUUAUCUUCGACGACUUUAUGUUAAUUUAAUUAAACAACAUAUGCAUAUAUAUCCAUAUACCACAUAUGUAUCUUUUUAAACCCACACCUAUGAUUCUUUGUUGCAUUCUUUCUAUUGUUUAAUGUAUAAAUUAUAUGAUUUCAUAUAAUUA